CCCAGUCAGUCAGUCUGUGUGUCAGUCAGAAGACAUCAGCACUUGUGUGUCGCAGUCAUGACUGCAACCACAUUAUUGAGUCUUGUCAGCUCAGUAAUGGGCCUGUUUUAUGUUGGGUUGCAGGUCUUGGUCCCGUGUCUUCCUCCAGCUCCUCUCUCCACCUCUGUUAUUAAUACUGAUGAGUAUACAGGCACUUGGUAUUUUGUGGCAGCAUCUGUGUGGGAUGAAGAUGAUCUGAAGACUCUCCAGACCACAGACAGCAUUGUUCUUCAGAUCCAGAAAAACCCUGACUCCACCCUGAAGGUCACUGAAACCAUGCGCAUUGGAGAUGCAUGUCUAAAAAAUGUUACGAACUACUAUGCAUUCCCUGCGACAAGCCCUUUCCUGUUUAGAGAAGAUUUCGAUACUAUUGCUGUGAUUUGGGAUGGCAAGUACAUAAACUGCCCUACAUGCAUCAUCAUGCUCUAUGUGGGGGAAGAUGAGGAAAUUAGUACGUUUCUAUUUUCUCGUGAUGAAAAAACAACAGAAGAAGUGAUACAGGAAUUUAAGUCAAAAACGGAGUGUUUGUUAAUGGAAGAUAUGUGGAGGGCACCGCUGAAAAAUGGCUAUUGUAAAGUUGAUGAUUCUGCCUAAACACAAGACAGAGAUCCUCGCAGUGCAGAUCUACAAUCAAAUACCAAAAUGAUGGACAUUUUGUCCCUUAUUUGAUGUUAUUAUGAAGGACAUUGUUUCAAAAUUAAUAAAAGCAAUUUUCCAAUAAAA